AUGAACCUGUACACGGAGGCGUCCGCGUUUGAAGGCGCCGCGAUAGUGGCGAUGAUUCAGCGGCGCGACGAGGAGGUGGGAACGGAGCAGAAGAUCCUUCAGAUCACCAUGGAGGACGGAAUCACGCUCUCCGUGGAGCUAGACCCCGCUGAGAAGCGCCUGAACGAGCUGGGCUACCGGCAGGAGCUCCACCGCUCCCUGCGUUUCCUCGGCCUCUACGCAGUGGGCGUGUCUUUCAUGACUGUAUUCGCCGGAUUCGUCCCCACCUACGCCCAGGGCUUCAUCAACGGCGGCCCAGCAGGGCUCAUCUGGUACUGGUGGAUCACCGCCCUCUUCGUACACCUUAUAGGCCUCUCCAUGGCCGAGAUAGCAUCCUCGUUCCCAACAGCUGGCUCGCUCUAUUUCUGGGCGGCAGCACUGGCAGGGCCGAAGUGGGGCCCACUGGCUUCAUUCAUCACGGGGUGGAUGGAGUUCCUGGGCCUGGCAGUGUGUGGCGCCAACGUCUCUUAUGGAGGCUCCAUUAUUCUGCAAGUGCUCAUCCUCAUCUCAACAGGCGGUGCUGAUGGGGGUGGGUACCUCCUCAGCAAGUACGCUGUUUUCGCCAUUGCGUGCGGCUUUGUGCUUAUCUGCUUCCUCAUCAACUGCUUAUCAGUGCGCACUGUAGCAACAGUCAUGGUCGUCUCUGCUGCCAUUCAGAUAGCAGCAGCAGUGGUGCUCAUCGUCAUGCUGCCUCUAGUGGCGCCCACCCAUGAGCCCGCAUCCUGGGUGUUUGGGGACUUUGGCAACAACAGAGACAUCACACUCACGCCCAGCAAUGCCUACUCCUUCCUCAUCACUCUCCUCGUCUCACAGUACUCCCUCUACGGCUACGACUGCGUGGCGCAUCUCGCAGAAGAGACAAAGAAGGCCGACCGGACGGCGCCGCUCGCAAUCAUGUCCUCUCUGACCACAGUGACCGUGCUGGCGUGGCUGCUCGUGGUGGUGCUGACGUGGAGCAUCCAGGAUCCAGCUCAUCUGUUCGUGGCGGAGAGUGUGACAGGUGGCAUGCAACCAGUGGUGCAGAUCAUGUGGGACGUGUUUUACACUCGUUACGGCUCUGGGUUGGGAGCGCAGGUCUUUACAGUCGUCAUCUGCAUCUCUUUCUUCGGAGCAACUCUUUCAUGCCAGCUGGGGGCAUCUCGUGUGGCAUAUGCCCUGGCUAGGGAUGGUGGCCUGCCCUUGUCCUCCCUCUGGCGACGAUUGGCACCCAACCGCGUUCCAAUAUGGGCACUCACGCUCUCCGUGCUCGUGGGGCUGCUCUUCCUACUGCCCGUGCUCGCCUCCUCCACGCUCUUCUUCGCCCUCGCAUCCAUCUCCACCAUUGCUUGGAUCUCCGCCUACUCCAUCCCCAUCCUCUUCCGCACCCUGCAAGAUGAGAGAAAUUUUCCGCCCGGCCCGUUUUAUCUGCCCAACUACGUCGGGUUCACCGCUGGGAAAAUGGUCCACGUGGUUGCUCUGCUCUGGGUGCUCUACACCCUCGUCGUAUUCAACCUCCCGACGAUGUUUCCUAUCACGGUGGAGAAUUUCAAUUGGGCACCGGUCGCCAUAGCUGUGUGGAUGAAGAUGUUUAUUGCGUGGUGGCUGCUGCAUGCUAGGUAUUGGUUCAAAGGCCCUGUUAGAGAAUUUGAACCUGUUGAUGAAAAUUCUGUAACAAAAUAA